UGAACAUAUAUAUGUUUUUAAUUACAAUGUGCAGGUAUAUGAUGCCACGAAUACGUCCAUCGAAAGGAGGAAGUUAAUUCAUCAUCUUGUUUGCAACAGGUUCGGUUUUAAGCUCUUUUUUGUGGAAUCAAUAUGUGAUGAUCCAAAAAUCAUUGAAUCAAACAUUAUGGAAGUUAAGAUACGUUCUCCAGACUACAAAGGCAUGAACAAAGAUGAGGCAGUGGAUGACUUUAUGAAGAGAAUUAGCUACUAUCAAGAAUGUUAUGAACCACUGUGUGAAAAAGAAGAGAAACAUUUGUCAUUCAUGAAAGUAUUCAAUACUGGAGCUAAGGUUCUCGUACACAGGCAUGAAGGGCAUGUUCAGAGUAGGAUAGUAUAUUAUUUGAUGAACAUCCACAUAACACCACGUUCAAUCUACAUCACCCGACAUGGAGAAAGUGAAUUCAACAUACAAGGAAGAAUAGGUGGCGACUCCAAUCUUUCAGAGAGAGGCAGGAUGUAUUCAAGAGCUCUGGCAAAGUUCAUUUUGGAACAAAAAAUUCUUCGUUUGCGCGUUUGGACAAGUAACUUGAAACGCACAAUACAGACUGCUUCAGGGAUUGAUGCUCCUCAAGAAAGAUGGAAGGCUUUAGACGAAAUAAAUGCUGGGAUCUGUGAAGAAAUGACUUACGAAGAAAUUCAUGAAAAACAUCCUCAUGAUUUUGCAUCACGAGAUAAGGAUAAAUUUCAUUACAGAUAUCCCAGAGGAGAGUCCUAUGAAGAUUUGGUGGCUAGACUGGAACCUGUCAUCAUGCAACUAGAGAGGCAAGAGAAUGUACUAGUAAUAUCUCACCAAGCUGUACUCCGCUGUGUGCUGGCUUAUUUCAUGGAUGAAAAAUCUGAGGACCUUCCUUACCUGAAAGUACCAUUACACACAGUUUUUAAGUUAACGCCUGUAGCAUAUGGAUGUAAAGUUGAACAGUUCACUCUACCAAUAGAUGCCGUUGACACCCACAGAGAAAAGCCAGAGGUUCCUGGAACUAUAAUGUAGACGAGACUAAACAAUUUGGAUUCUUAGUAACAAUACCGAGAUGAAGCAGACGAUACAUCUAUAUUUCAUAUUCUAUC